CUUGGUUGGUUCGGACGCCAAAAACCCUAGCCGAUAACCGGGAGCCGAACGCCGGUUUCUGAAACCCGAACGCCGGAUGGCUUGGUUUUUGGUUUGGGCGAACACCAAGUGUUUUUAAUGACUUAAACAUGUUUGAAAAACAUUUUUAUGAUUUAGGAAAUAAAGGGUUGAACUCAUGCAUUCCAACACUUUUGGCCCAGCGAAGAAAGCAGAUCUGAACAACGACUACAAACUUGUUCUGGAAUUGGUCAUCGCCUGCCUCGAGUGUGGAAGUGGAGGACAUGCUGAUGACAUCACCCAAGAGAGGGCCUUCAUCAUCAACGCCCUCAUUACCAAGUCUAAGGUAAAUUGGGCUGCACAUUUCUUCACUUCCAUCUCAAAGCAUAUGGGAAAGCCCAACCAGAAAUACCUUUGUCAAGGUCUGUACAUUGGACAUAUUUUGGAGUCUAUGGGUGCUGCCUCUAAAGGGAAGAAGUAUGAUGCCAGAUAUUGGCUAUACUACCUAUCUUCCAAAGGGGAAAACAGAAUUGGUACUAGUGCAACUGCAAAGGAAAGCUCUUCAGACAAUGUGCCAAUCAUAAAUCUGAAGAAAACAACCAAGAGGAAGCAUGUGGUGUCUCCCUCUCCAAGUGUUGAAGCACCACAGAACCUUGCUCUGGUCAAUCUGGAAGAAGUAGAAGAAGUCUCUGUCCAAGGAGAACUUCAAAGGAAGAAGAGGAGGAAAAUCACCUCUCCCUCAACUUCUGGAAAUGUCAUUCCAAAUGAGUUGAAGGAGAAGGAACCAGUUGAGGAAAACUCUGCCCACAACCAGAGCCCUCAACAACUUGAAGAACAAGUUCAUCAAGUCCAUAAUCUUCCAAUCUCCUCACCUCAACCUCAAACAGAUGAUGCUGAUAACCAAUUCUGGCAGCUCUACUAUGACUGGAGAGCUUGGAAGAUUGGAAAUUCCACAGAGCAGUUGUUGGGAUGGGACCAACAAUUGAAGAAUAAAAAGAUCAUCAAGAAGUGCUUGGGACUGCCAGUCAACUACAGCUGUGAACAAAUCUUGGAUGAUGACUGGGUAUGGCAAAGGAACCAUGAAGACUUGCAUCUGGAACACUUGGCCGCCACACCAGUUUCAGAAUUUGAAGUGGAUGAUGAAGAUCCUUCAGUCUACAAGCCGAUCUUCUCAAAAGCCAUAGAAGAUCAGAUGAUUCUCACUUCUGAAGCACAGGCUGAUUUGGAAGCAACAGCUGAGGAUUUCCCAAUCCUUCCGGAAACCUCACCUGGCUUUGAAACGGUUCUGCCUGAAGCUGACCAGGAGAAUGCAGCCUCUACUCCACAAGAACAGAACCAAGAAGCAUCAGAAGAAGAACUUCAGCAACUUCUCAAAUCUCAAGUCUUAGAGAUUCUCACAACUCCUUGUGAGAUCUCCAAUACUACUAAAACUGAGAUCCCGGAGAAGUUAGCAGAAAAUCUGGAGAUGUCCAAACCUUCAGAAACAAAUGAAGUCCAAGAGGAGCAAGCUGUAGAAAUCCAAAGGAAUUCUGCAGAAGCUGGAAAGGAAGUUCAAAUGGCAGAACUGGAGGCCUCUGAAACUCCAAUAGCCGUUUUUGAAGAGCAGAAUGAAGCUGAAGAAAGAGACUCCCUCUCCAGGGAUAUAUCAAAUUUUAUACUUGAUGAAGCAGAGGAAGAAUCUGAAAGGACGCUAAGGAUUGAUGAUGAAGAAGAUGUGCAAGAAGAUGCUGAAUCUCUUCCUAUGCAACUCUUCCAAAAAACACCCUCUUCUCAUCAGGUAACCAACUUCGAUUUUCAUAGCUCUUCCACUCCUACACUUCCGGAUGAGGUAUCGGAAAUCUGGACAAAGAAAAUCCAAGGGUUGAUUGAAUCAGCCCUAGCAUCUCAGCAUGCCUCCUUUAGGCAAGAGAUAGAGCAGAUGGAAGCCAGGUACAACAAGCUGAUGGAGAAAUCCGAAGAGACACACUGCUCCAAUCUCAAGGAGAUAAGCAAAUCAGUGAACAAGACUCUAGAGAUCAUUUCUCUAUUGAGUAACUCUGUGAGCGACACAAUGGAGACAUAUGCAUCUGACAGUUAUCUUCAACUCAAGGAAGUUAACAAAAUCAGAGAGCAAAUAGCAAAUGUCACAGUCAGUCUGCAGAAGCAAAUGUCCCUUCUCCAAAUGGAUAUCAGAUCUGCUCUGGUAGUAUCCUCACCGAAUCAGGUAGUAACAAAGGACUACUUGAAGGUUAUAAUUGACAAUCAGAAGGAAGCAUUCAGACUGUUCAGACACUUGAGCACAAACUCUGGCAACCGCAAGAUGGAAGUGAUUCUUCAACAACACAGUCCAUCCUUGAUUCCAGAGCUUCCUAUUGCAGUCAAAGAAGGAGAAGUCUCUUAUAUUCUUUCACAUCUAAACUUGACUGACCUGAUCCUUGAAGCUCAAAGAAAUAAUCCGGAGAACUCAGCACAGCAUUUAUCUAGCUCAGGACUGGAUGGAUCAGAGGCUGUUGUAACCAUUGUCUCACAUUUCUCAAAUGAGGACCACACAAAGGAGAGAUACCGCAACAUAAGGCGCAUUAAAGGACUAUGUGGAAACAUGCAAGGCAUUAGUGAGCUUGCCGGAUCUUCAAAGCGCAAGAAGCACUGAAGGCUUUUUUCAUCAAACCAAGGGGAAAGGGGAAUGUAAUUCAGGGGGAACUUAUUUUUUUGGCUAACAAUUGUUUUUGGCAAUGAAUUAUUGAUGAGCUC